AUGAAUACCAAUUGUUCGCUUUUGAAUGAUUAUGAUUCAGUAGCCAAGAAGUCAAUGUCGGCUGGUACUGGAGCUGUUGCAGUUGUGGCUGUUAGUGAUCAAAUGCUUGGACCUAUAUGCAUGUUUUUCAUGCAAGAUAGAUGGUGCAGAGGAAGUUUAACUAUUCUG